AUGAAUCCAGUGGUUCUAUGCGGAUGCUUGUAUCUAUUAAUGAUGAUACCUGGCGGCAGUUCGGCGUCACCGCAAAACAAAGCAAGGCUCUUCAGCAAACAAAACAUGCAGGCCCAGUCUAUUUCUGGAGCCAAUCACCUUGGGACCAAGUUUACACACGCUUUUGAACCUACUAGCAACUUGGCCGACGGGAAGCACGACUCUAAAAAGCUUUCUAAACGAUUCUACAACUGUUUCUGGAAAGGCCAAGCAGCUGAUGAGGUCACUAAAACCCGCAAUCUGGAGGCAGCGGCGGAAAAAAGUCAAUCUUCCGGAAGCAUGGCGACUACCAAAACAACGCAGAGGGGUUUUAAAAACCGACUAAAAAAUCUAAACCAAAUAAAAAACAUUAGAAAAAAGUAUCGUGGUUCACGCUCCGAACAAGACCAGUCAAGCUCCGAAAAUCCCGAUGAUUCAGGAAAUGAUGACGAGUUCGUACAGGAUGUUAGUUUCAAAUUCGCAACCAGUGCGAAAUCGAUGGCAUCGGGACCAGGACAGACUGUGAUAAAUUGGAGUGAAUUGCAAAAACUAGACGCGUUAAGAGAUAUUCAAGACUCACCGACACAUUAUCAACAUAGAGGAAAUAUGCGCUUUCAUUACCCACCGGUAGAUGGCGGAUAUGGAGGAAAUUACUACUAG